AUUAGGCUAUACACCCGCUUCGGCAGCGCUGCGACUGAUAACAUGGAAUGUCAACGAAGACUGGACAAGGCAGAGACAAGGAAAGGCUGAGACUGGUGACGUUAUGCCAGUCCUUUGAAUGUAUUGAUACCACAAACAUGGCAAUUACACAGCUCCCUAAGGGAUGAACGGACACUCAGCAACUUUGCAGUCUUCACCGAAAAGCCUUUCCAUGUGUUUUUAAGCAACUAACCUGCAGAAGGCUUUGAUAGGUUUCUCAGGUCCUCGCAAGCACAAUGCGGCGGUCCGGGCAAGUCCCCGCGGACUCGCCUGCAGACGGGGACCGUGACACUUGGACGCAGCACUUCAUCAAGACGCUGCACCACAAGCUGCACGACCCUAGCCUGCUGCAGGCCUGUCCGCCGCCGCCGAUUGAGCUCUUCAAACACAACGACAAAAAUGCAGCGCUCGAGGCGCCGGCUGGCGCCGGCAGCGGCGGGCUGGGCACAAGCUCACUGGCUGCCGCGGCGGCGCUGGCGUCGGGCCACCCGGACGCGUGGGGCUCGCCCGCACAUCCCUUCGCCGCACCGCCCGGCGCUUACAAGCUGCUCAGUUCCGACUACGCCUGGCUCGACCAGUCCGCCAGGACGCCCUCGCGUCGCGGCGGGCUCGGCGCCACAGGCGCCACAGCAGCAGCAGGAGCAGGCGGCGGCGGCAUCGGGAGUGCGCGGGGCGGCUGGGGCGGCGGGCGCGGGGGCGGGCUGAAUUACGGUGAAGACGAGGACGAUGAGUCUGUGCCUGAGCCGCCGCUGUCCAUGCAGCAGACGCGGUUCCUGGCUAACGCCCGCUUGGUGCUCUUGAAGCUGCGGCAGCAGCUGGAAGAGGUGUGUGUGGGCGCCGUGCGGCGGAUGGAGGAGGCGGCGGCGCCGUCUCUGGGGCCGCCAAUGCCGUCCGCGCUGCAGGCUAUGGCCUCGAACACCAGCGGCUUGUUCGGGAGCAGCGGCGGCGGAGCCGGCCCCGGCGCGGGAGCAGGCGGGGGGCUGCUAGGCGGCGCGCUCAGCCUGCGCAGUCCUGGGGCUGGGCUGGCCUCCGCUGUGUCGGCGUACGGCGGCUUGGGUGGCGGGCUGCUAGGUAGCGCAAAUCUGAGCGGUGCCAUGAGCCAGGGCAGCCCGCUGGGUGAUGGGUUUGGAGGCGGCGGAGGCAGAGGGGCAGGCGGCGGUGGAGGAGGCGGGGGUGGCGGCGGCCGCCUCCCGCCAGGCAUGGCGAACGAGAUUGCUGAAAACGUCCGCGCCAAGCUGUGUGCGGCCUUCGAGGACUGCCUGUCAGACACCAUGGACCAGCUGUGGGGGGCGCUGCAGUACGCCGGCAGCAGGCACGCCCUGGUGGAGCGCAUGAAGCAGGGCAUGCAGCUGCGGGAGGCGGAGCUGGAGGCGACGGCGGCCAAGCACCGGGAAGAGGCCGCGUCAAAGCUGCGCGCGCUGAGGCGGCAGAAGGAGGAGGCGGAGGAGGCGGCAGAGAAGGAGCGUGUUUCGCUGAAGUCGCUGGUGGUUGCUUCCAACCAGCGCUGUGAGAUGCUGGAUCGGGAGCUGGCAGCCACACGGGCGGCACUGGACCGGGAACGAGCCAGUGCGGCGGCCAGGCUGGAGGCGAUGCGGGUCGCGCACGAGUCCGAGAUAACUGCCCGUGACUCCGCAUAUGAGGCGCUGCGUGCGGACAGCAUCACGCGGCAGGAGGAGCUGCGACAGGCGGCGGCGGGGCUGGAGGCGCAGCUGCGGGCGCGGGGCGAGGAGGUGGAGCGGCUGGCGUCGCGCACCGGGGACCAGUCAGAGAUGCUGGACGUGGCGUUCGCACGGCGUGACGCGGCCGUGCGUGCGGCUGCGACCAUGGCAGAGCAGCUGGACGACUACCGCCGACUGGUGACGGGCCCGCUGGAGCUGCCGCUGACCAGCUGGUUGCUGGGGCUGCGCGAGGGCGGCAAGCCGCUGACGCCGGUGCUGGGCGGCCCGCUCAGCCUGGCGUACGGCACCGGGCGGGCCUUCAUGGCGGCCGCCCGCGGCCACGGCCUGCACGCGGUGCAGGAGGACCUGUCGCGCCUGCUCCCCGCCGACCUGCCGCAAACCGAGGAGGGCUGGCCGCCCGAGGGGCCCGACGGCUCGCCCGCAGUGCCCGACGACGCACUGGGGCUGAGCAUCCUGGGCGCGCUGGCGGCGCGUGGAGGCGGCGGCGGCGGGGGCGAGGAGGACGAGGCGGAUGACGAGCUGGGCGACCUGAGGAGCACGCGGCCGGGCACGCCGCAGGCCAUGUCGGAGUGGGGCGGCAGCACGGUGGCCAGCAUGGCGGGGCGCGGCGCUGGCUUCGGGUUCCCGCCUUCCCUGCCGGCGACGUGGCUGCGCUUCGUGCGCGCGCCACUGUCCGAGCCCAUGGAGCCGCCGGACCUGCAGGCGCUGCUGGCGGCACUGGCGGGAGCCAAGCUGGCGGCGGACCGGGCGGCGCGGCUGCGCGGGCUGCCGCACCCGGACCUGCACGUGUUCGUGUACAAGCACAUCCUGGCAGAGAACCCCUGCGCCGCCGACGCGGACGAGGUGGUGGUGCGGCUGGUGCAGUCGCUCAAGGCGCACGCCAAGCGGCUGCCGCGCGCCGCCACGUGGCAGCAGCUGCUGCAGGUGGUCAGCCCCGUGCUGCCGCCGGACGCAUGCGACUACUACUGCGAGGUGUUCUCGGCGCUGGUGAGCCCGGCGCCCGGCCUGCCGCCGCCGCUGGUGGACAAGGCCACCGGCACGGUGUGGGUACCCAGCGGCCGCUGGAAGGCGGUGCUGACCGCAGGGCCCUUCGCGGCGGAAUUCGACACGGAGCGCCGCGCCGCACUCAUGAAGCAGGCCGCCGCCGCCCGAAUGGACACCACACGCGGCAACCCCUGGUUCGGCAUGAGCGACGCCGACGCCCUCAUGACCGCAGUCAUGAACGCAUGGCUGGCGCAGCGGCAGGCGGCGGUGGAGUCUCUUGGGUCGGCCUGGCAGGCUGUGGAGCCCCUGGGCGGCGGCGUGCUGUCCACCUCCCUGGACGUGGACGCACUGGCGCGUGUGGCACGCACGGCGCUGGGCGCUGAGGAGGUGCCGGACGACCGUGACGCGCUCCUGGAGCUCUACUCCAACACAGUGCAGGCGGCACGGCGUGCGCAGGCCGCCGCGCGCAUCAGGUGGAGCGGCCUCACGCCGGCCUCGCUCGCCGACGCGCUGGCGGGCGCGGGGCUGCUGCCGCCGCGGCCGGUGGGCCAGCGCGCCUCGCAGGAGGGGGCGCGCCUGGCGGCGGCGUCGGCGCAUGUGGUCCGGAUCGCGGACUCGGCGCUGGCUGAGAUGCGCGGGCACGUGCCGUUCCGGUCCCAUGAGGCGUACGAGGCGCUGGAAGCGGCUGCCAAGGCGCUGAAGGAGCUGGUCCGGCCACCGGGCGGCGUGGGCUCCAAGUCCAAGCGGGAGCGCGACCGCAGCAAGGGCGGAGCGGCGGCUGCAACAGGCGGCGAGGGCGACGGAGAGGCGGGCGCGCCCACGUCGGGGGCUCGGUGGGAGGCGGCGGAGGCGCGGCGUGUGGCGGCAGGCUGGGCGGCGCUUGACGAGCUGACCGCGGCGCUGCUGACCGGGCGUGAGGCACUGCGGCUGUUUGAAACGGGCGUGCACAACGCUGCCAAGGAGACGGCGGUGCGGGUGGCGGUGGACGCGGCGCUGGCCAGGGCGGCCAAAGAGGCGGUGCGGCGGCGCAGCAGCGCAGACGGGGGCGGUGGGAAGGGCGCCAGCCGGCCCUCCUCCGGCCGCCGCGCCCCGCGCGCCACACGCAAUCUGCGCGGCAGCAAGACCAUGGCUGGCACUAGCACCUCGGGCAUCGCCGCCGCCACCGGCGUGCUGCUGCUGCCUGACGACCUGUACUGCAGCGGCGGCUCGCCUUCCGGCCGCGCCGGCCGCGGCAGGCCGGUGUCCGGGCGCUCGGUGGGGCGUGGCUCCGCCAGCAGCAUCUGGGGGCCCAAGGACCUCAAGUCGGUGCUUGCUUCAGGCAAGUGGGACAGCGACGAGGAGGGGGAGGCCGGCUUGCCGCCGACGCUGCAGCUGCGCCGUCCGUCGCGCCCGCGCGGCCCCGGCGGCAGCCGCGCCUCCUCCGCUGGCGGCGGCGUGCUGGCGUCGCCGCGGAUGGCUGGUGGCGGCGGCGGCGGCGACGGCGAUGAGGGAGGUGCCGGCGGCGACGGGGGGUUUGACGACGAGGAUGAGGUGUAUGUGGACGACGCGGGUGAGGGCGGCGAUGAGUUCGACGCGAUUGAGGGCGGCUACGGCGAUGUACGGCACAUGCACCCCGCCGCCGCGCGGCUGGCGGCGCUGGAGGGCAAGUACGGCAGGCUGCGGGCGCGGUACGAGGAGGCCAUGAAGGCGCUGACGGUCGCGUUCCGAGCCGGCGGCGGCGGCGGCGGUGAUGACGGCGGCGGCGGCGGCGCGCUGGGGCUGCCGCCGCGGGCGGUGCUGGACUCGCUGAGCCCGGCGGUGCGGCUGCGGCUGAUUGCGGAGCUGCUGGCGGAGGUGCACCGGGAGGUGGAGGGCGGCGUGUGGCCGCGGCUGUCGGAGGCGGUGGCGGCAGCACUGGGCGUCGGCGCCGUCGGCGGCGCAGGCUCCACCUCUGGCGGCGCGCCGGCUGCAGCGAGGGCGUCGGUGUCUGGGGUGGUGCUGUCGGCUGGCGGUGGCGGUGGCGGCGGCGGGACCAGCAGUCGACCGGCAUCAGCCAUGGCGCCUGCGGCCGGCAGCCAUGCGGUGCCUGUGUCGACUUCAGGUCUGGGGCCGCGGCCCGCGUCUGGCAAGGCUUCGGCGGCGUCGGGGACUAGCGCUGCCGCCGGACGAGCCGCUGGGGAACAGGCGGAGCCGAUGGUGGUGGCGGAGGAGAGCAGUCUCCCGUCGGCGGAGUCGCAGCAUGGCAGUGCGCAGCCACCCGACCAGCAGCCACAGCAGCCACAAGGGGCACCGCGUGUCAGCUCGACCACGCCAGCCGUACUGGCGGCGGAGCCGACAGCGGCGCUGGUUUCUGCGCCUGCGACGGCGGCACCGGCAGUGAGUGCUGAAGCGCAGGAGCUGGCGGGCAGGCUGCAUGCCCACGCGGGCGUGGUGGGUCAGGCGGUGGCGGCGGCGGCGGUGCAGGCGGCGGCGCUGGCGGCGGCGCUCGAGGACCUGGACUCGUACGGCGCGCGCCGCGGCGCCAGUGCCGGCCGCCGCAUGAGCGCCGGCGCGCUGUGGUCCGGCCUGCGGAUAAACGUGGGGCCCACCACGCCUGGCGCUGGCGCGGCCGCCGCCGGCGGUGGACCCGGCAGCGCCGCCGGCUCUCCUCGCUACGGCGAUGGUCUGGCGCUGUCUGGCUCGCAGCCGGGCUCGCCGGCGCAUACAUCCGCCAUGGGCGCCUGGCCGGCGGGCGGCGCCGCCGCCGGCUCUGCCUUCUCCCUGCUGCGCAGCGCCCGACCCAGUAGCGGCCUGUCGCGAGCCGCCGCCGGCGGGCCGUGGCCCAUGUCGCCGCUGGCGCUGUCGAACCUGGGGCCCGCCGGCGGCGGUGGGCUGCUGGGCAGUCCGCGGCCCGGCACCGCCGGCAGCGGCGCGGGGGCGGCGGGCGGCGCCGGCACACACCGCAGCGGUGCAACUGCGCUCAGCGGCGCCGUGCCGGGCGAGGGCGGCUUGGCUGAUGCGGAUGGUGUUGGGGCGCAGCAGCAUCCGGGGUCCGGAUACGAGUCGUACGGCUACGACCCCAAUGAGCCGUACGGAGCUGCCGCCCCGGCGGGCGUGACCAAGGACACGGACCCGCGGGACACGAUGUACCUUGACGCGCUACGGGCGCUGCAUCUGGCCGCGGAGGGGCUGGCGGAGGAGGCGGCGGAGGCCGACGGCGCCGGCACCGGCGAGGGCAGGGACGCGGCGGCGGCGGGCGCGACGACGGCUGUUCGCAGUGCGGUGGCGGCGCUGGUUGCGCUGAUGGGUGGCCACCCGCGUGUGACAGCGCACGGACGCAUCAUCGAGUUCUUCCCACGCCGCAUCCCCAAGGACUGGCGCCACCCGCUGCUGCGCUCCUCCCUGACACGGCUGUACGUGUACACCUGCGGGGCGCUGCUGCAGCAACACGAGCGCGGGGCGCUGCUGCGUGAGGCCGGCGCCGACCUGGCCCAGCGCCAUGCCGCGCUGGCGGCCGCGGCGGAGCAGCUGACGGGCAAGGCGGCGGCCCUGCGGGGGCUGCAGGCGGCGCUGGGCAGCCAGAUGGCGGCGCUGGCGGCGUGGGUGGGGCACAGCUCUGUGCUGGUCUGCUGCUUGGCGCGCAUGGGCGCGGCAUCAACGGCGCUGCAGGAGCGACUGGCGGCGGCAGCGGUGGGGGCGGCGCCGGCGGCGCCGGCGGCGCCGACGUCUGCGGCGCCUGAGGGGUCGGCCAAGCCGGGAUCGGCAGGGGCAGGGAAGGGGCCUGGCGCAAGCGCGGAUACGGGCGUGGGUACGGGUGAGGGUGCCGCCGGUGCAGGCGCGGGGAAGGCGCAUGGCGGCGCGGGUGGUGGCGGGGGUGUGGUGGUUUCGGGUCCGGACUGGCGGGUGGUGGUGAAUGCGGGUGAGGUGGUGGCGCAGGGCGUCGCACUGCUGCAGAGCUCGGCGGCGCAGCUGGCGGUGCUGGCGGCGGCGGGGCUGCACGCCAACAGCAGCGCCGAGGCGUGGUCGCACCCGCCCGUGCCCGGCGCGCCCGCACCUCCGCCACCGGGGCCGCUGCUGCUGGGCCCGCUGCUGCCCAGCGGCGACCAGAUCCUGUCUGUGCAGGUGACGGUGGCGCCGCCGCCACCGCCGCAGUCGGGGCCGGGGCCACAGCCGGGGGCGGUGCAGCAGGAGCAGCAGCAGACGCCCAGGGUCGCAGCAGACGCCGCAGAAGCCAACGGCUUGCACCAGCAGCCGCACCUGAGGUUCAUUGUGGACCUGCCGGCGGCGCCGACGGCGCCAACCGCCGCGGCCGCCGGUGCAGGGCGAAGCCCUGCACCCCGGGCGCCGCCGCCGCCGCCGGCGCAGUCGCCUCUCCGCACCGUGACGCAGCCGACCGUCCGCGCGCCCGACAGUGAUGGUGACAUGGAUGAUGAUGAUGAUGGUGAUGACAGCGUUGCACCCAGUCGUGACGUCACGCACGGCGGCGAGGCGACGGCGGCAGGCGGCGUGCCGCAGUAUCCAGACCUGCCCACACCUCCGGCCUCACCAGCGCGCGCGGGCGGUGGCGGCAGCGCGGCGACGGCACCGGUCUACUCGCUCCAGAUGGCGCUCAAGAGGGCGGAACGGGCACUGGCCAGCGGCGCCGCCGCCGACUCCGCCGACCCCUCCGCCCUGCCGCCCGGCGAGGCGCUCAUCACCCUGUCCAACUCCAUGCUGACGAGGUCAGCCACUGCGCCCUCACGCCAACACCAGCGCCUGCGCCUGCGGCCGCGCACCGCCGCCGCCGCCUCCGGCGUGCCGCCGCUGCCGCCGCUGCCGGCGGCCGACGGCUGGGGGCCGGUGCCGCCGCACUACGAGCGGCGGCCGCUGACGGCGCGGGCGUUCGUGGAGGGCGUGAUGGCGGACGCGCGGCAGCAGCAGCUGGCGGCGCUGCAAAGCCCCGCUGUGCCCAUGCCACGUGGUGCGCUGCCGGUGCUUGAAGCCGUUGCGGCGGUGGAUGCGGCGGAGGCGGCGGCUCUGGCGGCGGCGGAGCAGCAGCGGGCGCUGAUGGAGGUCGGGGUGCUGCCCUACCCCGCCUCCGCACUGGAGACCCUGCUGUGGCAACACCGGGAGCAGGCGGCGGCGGCGGGCGCGGCGGCAGCGCACGCAGUUGCGGCGGCGGCAGACGCCGCGGAGGCGCAGGCUGCGGCAGAGGCGCAGGCAGCCGCGGCGGCGGCAGCUCGCGCAGGGGCCCCCCUGCCAGGAAGUUUCGCCGCGGCGGCAGCCGCUGGGCGAGGCGUGUCGCCACCGAGGCUGGCGCCUGGGACCGGUAGCGGCGUCCGCGGACUGUCUGCACGCGCGCGGGGCUCAGGAACAGGGGCAUCUGCCGACGGCGCCGGUGUUGCGGCUGGUGGUGCUGGUGGUAGCAGGCUCGCAGCGGGGGUGGCCGGGGUGCGCAUCGCGACGUUGCCGCCCAUGGGCUACUCCGCGCCGCCGCCCGCCACGGCGCCAGCGCCAGCGGCUUCGGGACAGCCAGCACCUGCAGCGGCUGCUGACGCCGGCGUAGCAGGGGGCGCAGCGCUGCCGCCGCCGCGGGGAGUGCAUCUGGGCUACUACCCAGGGUUGCAGGUGGAUGCAUCGGGGCGGGCGGUGGACUGGCGGCUGCCGCUGCUGAUGCCAUACCCGGGCGGCAGCGUGCCGGGCCCGCCGCACCGGGGCAGGUCGCCUCCGGGGCGGGCACCCGCGGCGCCGCGCCAGUGAUUGGUGCUGUCCUUGCUUGCGUAGUGAUUCCAUUGGACGCUUAGGGCUUGCAGGAGCAGGCGGGAGCUGGGGCUGGGACAUGACCGCCCGCUGCAGGUAUCAGAUGUCAGAUAUCAAAGCAGGGUCCGUUUCGUGGAAGCGCAGGCGGAGAUGGCGGAGUUUGGACAGGUCCGUGUGGUGAAGAAGGGCUGAGUGGGCUGAGUGGGAGCUAUUUGGUAGUGGAUGACGUUAGAGCGCUGACUGCCCAUCAUUAUUGGAGCGUGUCGGAGCCCGUCAUCUAAGUGUGGCGGUUGAGUCGCUCGUUAUUCAUGCAAUCGCGGAUAUGUGCACUGCAAGCUGAUAUGCAUACUGUUUCAUAUGCUUCAAUGUAUACUGUAAGCUUCAGAAAGCUACGGCCUUCCAUUACAACAUGGCUCCACUGAGCACGCUGGCCAAGCUGCAGUCCCACGCCAGUUCGAGUACUGCGACAGGCCAAAGUUUUGUGAACAUCAGUCGCAGAAGCUUACUCGCAGUCGCCGUGGCCAGCGUCCUCGCCAUCGUGCCGAAAGCGGAGAAUGUUGCCCGAGCGGAGGGUGCCGCCGCAGCAACGGCUCGCCGGAGGAAGCAGGAGGAGCAGAAGGCUCUCUCGGAACAACAGCGCAGAGCAGCUGAACGAGCAGCAAUGCGGGACCGGAUGGGCAGGUACAUUCGUUAAGCGGGCUUGGCACGCAUAUGUCGUCUCAUCAUCACGGAUGGAGCUACUCACGUGUGCAGCGUGAUUGUGAUGCGUAUGCGCCCCGCGGCCGUGCGGAGUCGCCCACACGCGUGGCAUUGCGUGACUGCUUAUACUGACACAACCGCCACACGCAGACUCAACAUUGCUUGACGCACACCGCGAUGCCAGCUGUGGGUUUGGUCAAGUUCCGGUGCAUGAGCUAUGAAGGCACUGCUGGGUUCUAGCAUGUGCGCGAGGAAGUAUCUAAGAACAAGGCGGCUGGGAUUCAAUACCUACGGUAUGAAGGCAGGCGGUGUGAGAGUAGCUCGCCGCACGGCGCGUAUGCCUGUGGCCGCCGUGUGCAACGCGUACCCCGUGUGGGUAUGACACGUAUACGUAUGCCUGCUUCAUUGUGCGCGUGAACUUACGUACGCCUGCGUGUGAGCGCGUCAACGGGCGAACGGGAACAUUGCACGCAUGUGGUGGCAGCAGCGGCGGUGGCCGAAGCCGAGGGUGCACCACGUGUGUACCGUAUGCAGUACCAUAGGGCAGCGCGUCCAUGUGUGUGCGCCGUGGGCGCUGUGUGCCCCUACAGACACGUCACCCACGUGCCGCGCACGCAGGUGCUGUUCGUCAGUACGUGGCUAGCCUGCUGCGAAGUCCGCAUGCGCGCAGUUGAUGCCAAGGGGGAUAGACGUGAUGGAAAUAUGCAUGCCGCAGAACGGUCAAUGCAUGCAGCGAGCGUAACAAGAAAGCUUUCCUCGCAAAGCUUUGCAAGGCAGCAGCCGUAUAGCGGUAUAGGACGGUGUGGUAGCCAGGGCUGAGUCCCGAGACAGAAAGUUACUCGUCUU